GGACGGGGACGCGGAGAGGGAGAGAGUCCGUUUGGCGCGCUCGUUCCUGAGUUCGGGGUCCUUCGCUUUCGACGACCGACCGAAGGAAGGAAGUCCCUUUGCCCUUUCAUCUCCAUCUCCUGCUUCUUCUUCCUCUUCUUCUUCUUCUUCAUCUUCGUCUUCUUCUUCGUCACGUCCCCGUCCUGCGCAUUGCGACCGGAUCCGAGCCCUAGCCCGGGCCGAGCGAAAUCGCAGAGUCUCGUUGGCUUUGGCAGGCGCGCGUCAGGAUCUUUGGAGCGGGCUGGCGCGCGGGCGAGCGUGCGAGCUAGCCGUUGAGGAGCGGGGGCCCGUAGUCGGACGAGGUGUCGAUAGAGAGAGAGAGAGAGACAGAGAGAGAGUUUUCGUAGAGAAAGGGAGAGAAAGCCUCGAGAGCAGCAGGAGCAGCAGCAGCGGGAGCUGAAUUGGGGGCGCAGACUGGAGCUGGAUUAGAUUGGAUUGCUCGCUCGAUCGAUGAGGAAGGCGGGCAGUGCGUCCGCCUCCGAGCAGGUGUUGCUGCUUCUGUAGGAGAGACGGGACUCGGGGCUGAGGCACGGCAAUGGACAGAGAAAGACAGAGGGAGAGAGAGAGAGAGAGUUGUCUCGGGUGUCUAGGACGUAGGUAGCCUUUCCUCUCGUCGGACGAAGAAGGCGGGCCAGAUUCGUAGGAGUGGGCAUAAUCGCGUUGUUUAGUUUCGAACUCGUCGAUAUCAUCAGCUUGGAUCUGUUUAUCGGGGGAAGUGUUGCAUCCGUGAGUGGUGGAUGGUUGGUUGGGCGGUCCACGAACAGCGGUUGAUCCGUUCGUUGAAAUCUUUCUGGACGAGAUAAGUAGACUUCUGUUAGAGGCCGAGUUGAUCAACCAUGGGUGACUUCAAUGUGGUACUGCUCGUCAUUUGCAUUAUCGUGUGCAUUGUGACGUUCAUUUUCAAUACCUACAUUCUUAUCAACUAUCAACAUCCCGAUGACUCGAAUCAAGCGUAUUUUCCGAAAUUUGUCGUGGUUCUCGGGCUCUCCGUUGCCGAGAUCUCUAUACUCAUGCUUCCGGCCGAUGUUGCCAACCGCCGUGCUUGCCAACAUGCCAUCUACAAUGGAUCGUGUAACCUCACGCUUCCCAUGAAGCAGUUGUGGUAUGCGAUAUAUUGUAUCAAUGCGAUACUCGUCUUCGUCAUUAUCCCGUUCUCGAUAUUUUACUACGAAGGUGACCAGGAAAAGACUUGGACUCAGCGGGUAUUCAGUGCUGUAUUAUGGUGUGGUGCGACAGUCAUCGUCGUCGGACUAAUCCUGGGAAUCCUGUACGGUCUCGUUGGUAAAGUCGACUUCACCGUUCGAAGACUGAAUUCCAACACUGUCGCUUUUACAACCGACUUCAGUCAGCUGACAGCAACUAAUCCCUGUUUUCCCUCAACCAUUCGGACGAAUGAACCUGCUAAUCAGUGUGCAGCGUAUCUUGCAAGCUCGGACUCUAUUGCCACCUGGACGAUGCAGACUUCUUUCCCAGUAUAUGUCAUUGCUCUUUCAACGAUCCUCGGUUCGUUCUUCUUUUCGUUCUUUGGUGGGAUCGGAAUUGCCAUCCUUCCGCUCAGUUUGAUCUUCGCAUUCAUCCGGAGACCCAAGACCAUCAUUACACGUGCCCAGUACAUUAGGGAAGCAACAGAUCUCGGCAAGCGUGCCAAGGAGAUUCGCGAGGUUGCGUUAGCACUGCAGCGUGAGGAAAGAUCCGGAAGCAAAGGUCGCAAGUGGAAGAAGAACGUGAAGCAAGUUCAGCAGGAACUUGUGUAUCUGGAACAAGAUCAGGAGGCCCUCGAAGAGGUUUACCCCCAGGGAGAGAAGGCCGAGACUUCAUGGGCCCUCACCGUCCUUGGCUACUUGGGAAAACUGUUUUUUGGACUCAUUGGUUUGGUCGUCACAGUCGUCUGGAUCGUACACAUCAUUAUUUAUAUGUUGAUCAACCCCCCUGUCAGCCCGUUCUUGAACUCCUUCUUUGUGAAACUGGACAACGCCUGGGGUUUGCUUGGAACAACAGCUUUCGCGUUUUUCUGCGUCUACUUGAUUCUUGCAGUCAUAUCGGGAGAGAUGCACGUUGGUCUUAACUUUUUCGUUAUCACCAUUCAUCCUAUGAAGUGGGGUGGCACUCUGAUGAACUCUUUCCUCUUCAAUGUCGGGUUGAUUCUUCUCUGCUCCAUCAGUGUGAUCCAGUUCUGCGCAAAGGCAUUUGCAAUUUACGCUCAGGCGACAGCUGUGCAAGAAAUUUUUGGCAACAACCUCGAAGCUCUUCGUGGAAUUAAGUACCUUUUCAGGUACAACAUUUUCCAAAUUGCGUUCGUGAUCUUCGCCUUGCUCACAACCGUCUAUUACUUGACUUUCGGCUUCAGGAAAAAGCAAAGAAAGGGCAAGUUCCAGCUCGUGUGAGUAACGACCACCUGACAAUAUGUAUUUAUGUACAUGGCACUUUUCUCCAUCAUGCGCCGACCUGCAGCUUAUUACUUUGUGAAUCGAGGCCAGGUCAAAAUAGUGUGGCUGCUAUUGAACGGUGGGCUGUAUUGUUGUCAUACGAGGAAUAUUGAUUUAGAAACAGGUGAUAUUUUCAGCUACUUAGGAAAUUUCUCAUUUCAGGCUGGCUUCAGUAGUGAUAGAAUUAAAUUAGGGCAUUUGAUUGUAUGCCAACUACGAUGUUUCUAAUUUUAGGUUGCACAGUUGAGAAGGUUGAUCAUCAUCUUCUACCUCUUGACGAGGGCAUGCUAGCCCGCAUACCCUAUCGAUUCUUUGCCAGAUGGGGUUUCUUUACCAGUGUUAUGGAAGAGACUUCAUGUUUAAUUGAACAGACUGUAUUUUUUGAGCCUGCAAUAAUUGCUCAAGGUGACAAACUUAACUC